AAGACAAGCUAGCUGUGGGGAGAGUGGGGGAAGUCAUUAUGCAAUACCAGCCAACUAUAUAUAAGGCCUUUGAUAGAAAACCUGGAGAUUUCUGUCAGCUCUCCACUUCAUUUCGGUAAACAGAAUGCUGUGCUACGCUGUGGCCCUCUGUCUCCUGGCUUUGUCCUGGGCACAGGACUGCCAGGUCUCCAACAUCCAGGUCAUGCAGAACCUGGACAGGUCAAGGUAUGCAGGGACAUGGUACGCUGUUGCAAAGAAGGACCCGGAGGGUUUGUUCUUAAUUGACAACAUCGUGGCCAAUUUUGUUAUCGCUGAGGAUGGCAAAAUGACCGCCACUGCUAAGGGCAGAGUGGUCAUCCUGAACAACUGGGAAAUGUGUGCCGACAUGUUUGCCACCUUUGAGGAAACCCCUGAGUCUUCUAAGUUCAGGAUGAAGUACUGGGGAGCCGCCUCAUACCUGCAGACUGGAAACGAUGACCACUGGGUCAUUGACACCGACUACGACAACUACGCCAUCCACUACUCGUGCAGACUGGUAGACUCUGACGGUACCUGUCUGGAUGCUUACUCCUUCAUUUUCUCUCGCCAUCCCACCGGUCUGAGGCCUGAGGACCAGCGCAACGUCGUCCAGAGGAAGAUGGACCUCUGCCUGCUGGGCAAAUACAGACGCGUUCCGCAUACUGGCUUCUGUGAGAGCCAACCCCCAACCCCCAGCCUCCCCGAGCCACUCUGAUGUCUUGGACUGACUCCCACCAAAAUGGUCCCUCCUCUGCUGUCUUUGUUUUUCCUAACAGAGACAGUAGCCCAUUAUUGUUUUGAAAUGGCAAACUAUAAAUACACUCACAUGACCUAAUUGUGAACGGAAGGGAAAGAUUACUGUGGAUGCUGGUUUGUUGUCACCUAAUCAACAUGUCCCUAUUAGUAAAGACGAUUAUGGGCCUUUUAACAUUUUAGUCCAAUCAUCAACAUCUGUCACGUGUUGCCUAAAACAGACUUCUUAAUAAAAAACAAUGGAAGUUGCUUACUGUGAGUAAACUAAAGGUAUCAGAUCACUUGAAAUCUACUUUUGGAGCUUUUCAGGCCAUUGUGAGGAAUAAGUAGUCUCUUAAGUGAAGCGGAAUUCUCUGCAUUAUUUCAAAAACGCAGCUAUUAGCACCAUGUUUACCACGAAACCAGGUUCACAAGUCACUGGCUUGCUUUUACACUGAAGUACGUACGGUAUCUUGUAGCACAACAUUUGAUAUUGUUAAUAAACCUUAAUACCUACAUUACAGUCAUCUGCUUUAAAGGCAUACUAGUUUGGUUGUAACUUGAUUGUAUAUUGUAUACCUCUUGAUCCAGUUUUGGGAAAUAAAACGUUCAAUAUGUGUCGGUUCA